AUGCAACCAAACCCAUCGCCAGCCUUGUAUAUCACCGGCCUGGGGUCGCAAUACCCACCCUAUCUGUUAGGGCCCCGGGAUCUCGAUCAGCUCGCGGGGCGCUUUUGCGAUCUCAAUCGCCCAGGAAUCAAAAAGUUGCUCCAGGUCAACCGUUCAACGGGCAUUGAAACACGAUCUGCAAUCCUACCGUAUGAGUCAGGGUUUGCAACGCAGCCGGACCCACCCUCAAUCAGUGAGAUUGACCAAUUUUUUCGUCAAGCCGGAGUGGACCUCACUGUUCAGGCGUGUCAGAAGGCUCUCAAAGAGGCUAAUAUCGCCCCCGAGCAGAUCACGCAUACGGUCGGUGUCACCUGCACCAACCAAGGUAAUCCAGGAUACGACUUCCUUGUAGCGCGUCAAUUGAAACUCCCCCUCAAUGUCGAUCGCACCCUUCUCCACGGCGUUGGGUGUGCGGGCGGGCUGUCAAUUCUGCGGGCCGCCGCGCAGAUAGCCGGCGGGGCGAGCCUGCGACGGAAACCGGCCCGCAUUUUGGCGUUUGCUUGCGAGCUGUGUACGCCCAAUGUGCGGCACUAUCUGUCCAUGGCAGAGAUCAGCGUGGAUUCGGACCGAGCAAAUAUCGCAGCGGCUUUGUUUUCGGAUGCUGCGGCGGCUUUCGUUUUGUGCAAUGAGUAUGCUUUGGCCCAAGACGAGCAAGUUACUCCUCAAUUUGAGCUGCUCGAAUGGGGUUGUGAUUUGGUUCCGGAUACUGCUGAGCAUAUGACGUUCUAUGCAGAUAUUUCCGGUUAUCAAGCCACUCUCCAUCGAGAGAUUCCUAAAUACACGAAACAUGCGAUCGGACCGAUUUUUGACAAGCUUCUUCCAUUGUACGAAGAAAAAGUAAGGUCUCGGUUGAGACCAGACCAGCAACCGGUGACACCCCUAGGAAUCCACGAUUUCGAUUGGGCCUUGCACCCCGGGGGAAAGGCAAUCAUAGAUGGUGUGGCCGACGUCCUACAGUUGUCAGAGACUCAGCUCCAAGCAAGUCGAGAGAUAUACCGCACACGUGGAAACUCUUCUAGUGCUUCGGUGUUGAUUGUGCUGGAUCGACUUCGUCUAGAGAGCAAAAAGGCGCAUGUUGUGGCUGCCUCGUUUGGUCCGGGGCUGGCAGUUGAGAUGGCGUUUCUGAAGAAUUGUCAUAUAAAUCAGUCAUAA